GCACUAUAUACUUCCUUUUUUUAGCAAAGAAAAACUGCAAAUGACUAUAUUAUAAUGGGUAACCUCUUUUUUUCGGCUAAAUAAAAAAAGUAUUUAAAAGUAAUUAACCUGCUUUUAUUAUUUAUUUUUGUUGAAUUUUCCUUAGUUCUUAAUUGCGUUGUUGGGUCUUCAUUUUGGUAUUUUAGUUCCCUUCGGUUGUUAGUUGAAAUCCCUUUAGAUGUUUAUUUAAUUAUGAGCUGUUUGUUUAAUUGAUUUUUCUUUAAUUCCUUUAGUUUGUUAUUUUAAAGAUUUUAUUUGUCACACAAUUACAUACAGUAUAUAACUUGCAGUGAAAUGAAAACAGUUUAAUUUCCUUUAACUGUUCAUUAUUUUUGUUAGUUUUCAUUUAGUUCUUCAAGGUUUUUUUUGUUUUGUUUUGUUUUGUUUAAUUAUCUUUAGUUGUUUAUUUAGUUUGUUAGUUAAUUUAACUCAUGUUCUGGAGGAGUGAGAGGGACAAGUAAACUGAUUUUUAAAACCAAGUGAGAAAGGAACACUAACUCGAGUUUAAAUGCCUAUGCUUGCCAUUAUAGUUUUGGCACCUUGUCUAUUCUUCUGACUUACAAGAACAACAGCAGAGAGAGAGAGAGAGAGAGAGAGAGAGAGAGAGAGAGAGAGAGACUCGCUUCACCAGAGUGUGUCCGUCCCACAGAUGAAGGAGGGAACAAGAACAGGGAAUGGGGUCGGCUAAACGUGGAGAUAAUGAUCAAGAAUUUCCCUUGGUUUUUCAUCCCAUGGGAAAAUGAGCUUUCUUUAUAUCGAUUAGCAUGAUACCCCCCUCCAAGCAGCUCCCUCCUUCCUGUCCUCAAGUCCAGUGUUGUUUUAAUCCUGCUAAAGAUACAGUCCCUCGGGUAACUCGUGGUUUUUCAGAUGUCAAAUCAUUAACAGGAAGUCCACCCAAAUAAAAUAACAUUGUAAUUCAUCCUGCGGUAUAUCACACUCUGGUCGGUGGUCGAUACAUAACACACGUUGGCACCGUUAACUGUACACAUUCUGGGUCGUUUCAUUUUCUCACUUUCUCACCAAAAUGCUCUCUGUUCCGGUGCCCUGUAUCUGACCUGACCGACUUUUUCUUGCUUUUCUGUGAAACAAGUUUCGUUAUUCUCAACGUUUCCAUUAUUAGCUCAAUGCAGCGACAUCAAGCUCUUCAUGGCCUUCCCCCGAGACUGUGGGAAAGUGUGCUGCUAAAAGCACCCAUGCAUUGUCAUGUUAAUGGCUAAGGGUGGUGGUUUGGAGGGGAGGUUUCGACAGCUACACGUUUAAAGCGAGGUGCAAGUCUAAUUUUCCCAGCCAAGCAGGCACCAUUCGCCUCCACUUAGGAGGAAGUUAGCGACACGAGAAACUCACCGAGAGUCUCAGAGUUAAUUUUAGUUUGCGUGAGAAAUUAAGCAGAGCUAUGACUGCUUCAAAUCUCGGCAAUGGACCAGAAAAGAGCUUCAACGCCAAAGAGGAGCGUAAGUAAUCAACAGUGUAAACACAUAUUUUAGCUUCGAAAGCCUCUGAUAGAGAAGAGACGUAGAGAACGCAUCAAUUCAAGCCUGGAGCAGCUCAAGGGUAUUAUGGUGGAUGCUUACAAUUUGGAUCAAUCAAAACUGGAGAAAGCGGAUGUUCUGGAGAUAACUGUGCAACACAUGGAGGGCCUGCAGCGGGGCCUUGGACCAGCAGCCAGUCAGGGACCUAGUGUGACUUUUGAAUCUCGUCAGCGAUACAGUAGUGGUUAUAUACAGUGUAUGCACGAGGUGCAUAAUUUACUCCUCAACUGCCCUGGCAUGGACAAAUCACUGGGCGCUCGUCUUCUGAACCACCUGUUGAAGGCUCUGCCCCAAAUCAGUGGAGAGAGUGGAGCCACGAGCAGUGCUGGCACUACCAGCCCUGUUCCUCUUCCCACCUCGCCUACACAGUCUCCGCUGGCUCUUCCCUCCUUUCAGCCCCGUCCUCUCCACCUACACACUCCUCCAUCUCCUGUAAGCCCCCCCCCACCCAGCAGCCCCCACUGCUCUCCUGGAAUCCUCUUGCAGAGAGAAGGGGCUGGCAUGAGGCCCUCCCCACCUCGAUCACCCUCCCCCCAACCUUUAGCCCCUUCUGCCCUUCCCCCUGCCUUCCCAGGGGGUGACCCUUCUAUGUGGAGGCCAUGGUGAAGAAGUGAAACCCUCUACCACUGUUCACUUGCCCUGUCCCCCCUUCUUCCACUCUUCCCUAAUAGUGUCCAUUACAUCCUCAUCUCCUGGGAUGUUUGAGUGCUGGGCCUUUUCACUCUGAGAGCGGAGAGGUCACCGAAUAAUAGUAGGUCUUCGAGCCCCUGGGGGUUUUGUGGCAUCGUUUGAAGCACUAUUCUUUAUGCUUGAUUUACUACGGUGUGGGCUUGUUUGGAAAUUUGAAAAACAAAAGAGAACCAACACCAAGGAUGCUCACUUAGAAUUGAGCACAUGAGAAAAAGAAUUGUUGCUUCGUUGCUUGAUGGUACUGUUAUUUUGUUAAACCAGGAAGCAAUGAACUUUCCUUAAUUGUAUUUAAUUUUGAAAAUAUUUUUUAAAUGGUUCUUUACUUCUUAUGAUUUCUUUUUGCGAUUUUUAGUGUGGCCUUUUCACUAAAGUUUAGUGUGCCCUGAUGCAUUUUAUACUACACCUCUGAUCAACUGGUAGUGACUGGUUUCUGCUACAAAAUAAUGGUCCAUGUGUUGGAAUGUCCUGAAUAAACUGAGUAUGCAAAUGUGUCUGAGAUGUCUUGACCUCUGACACUUUUCUUGCUGAUGCUAGAUGUUUAUACUGGUCCCCACUUGAAGCAUUUUGUACAUAAAGUCAAGUUCAGGCGUAAAAGAUACACUAUUUAGAUGCCCUCUCUGUGUGCUGGGUAUCAGAAUAUGCUGUAAACAUUUCUGUGAAUAAAGAAAUGAACAUCCA